UUUCCGGCGGAAAGGCGCAGCAGUUGAGGACUCCUCUCCGCAUAGUAACGCCACUUAGCUCCGCUUCUGUCCGGCAACUCCGCAGCAAGCGGACCAGGAGGGAGACCGCAGUCACACACAAACACAGGAGCGAACAUCUAAACGGGAACUUAACGGUUGCCUGCAGCCCCGCGGGUGGAUGUGCGCGCAGAGAUGCAAGCGUCACUGGUAAUGCUCGUCUGCGUCCUGGCUGCUGCAGUUGGCCAGGAGCCUGACCACAGCCACGGCUGUGCCCAUGGCAGCUGUUACCCGGCAACAGGGGACUUGCUGGUUGGACGAGAGAAGAACCUGAAGGCCUCGUCCACAUGUGGGAUGAGGAGGAAAGAGCCCUACUGCAUUGUCAGCCAUCUGCAGGAUGAGAAGAAAUGUUUCGACUGUGACUCCAGGCGGCCAUAUGACCCCGUCUACAACACCAUCAAUCACCGGAUAGAGAAUGUAAUCACCACCUUCAAACCUCACCGCAAGAAGUCCUGGUGGCAGUCCGAGAAUGGAAAGUCGAAUGUCUUUAUCCAGCUGGAUCUGGAAGCAGAGUUUCAUUUCACUCACCUGAUUAUGACCUUCAAGACAUUCCGUCCGGCAGCCAUGUUGAUUGAACGGUCAGCAGAUUUUGGUCGUACCUGGCAGAUAUACCGCUACUUUUCCCAUGACUGUGCUGCUGCCUUUCCCGGAGUAUCUCAGGGUCCUUUGCGUAACAUUAAUGAUGUCAUCUGUGAGUCACGCUAUUCUGACAUUGAGCCAUCCACAGAAGGAGAGGUCAUCUAUCGAGUGUUGGAUCCAGCCAUCUGGAUUGAGGAUCCAUACAGCCCAAACAUCCAGAACCAGCUAAAGAUUACCAACUUGAGGGUGAACUUCACCAAACUUCACACACUGGGAGACAACCUGCUAGACCCCAGACCUGAAAUCAAAGAAAAGUAUUACUAUGCCAUAUAUGAGCUUGUUGUACGCGGAAACUGCUUUUGCUAUGGCCAUGCCUCGGAAUGUGCCCCUAUCGAUGGCAUCAGGGAUGAUAUAGAAGGAAUGGUUCACGGCAGGUGUGUGUGUAACCACAACACCAGGGGUUUGAACUGUGAGCUAUGUGAAGACUUCCACAACGACUUGCCCUGGAGACCUGCUGAGGGACGCAACACCAACGCCUGCAAGAAGUGUAACUGUAAUGGCCACUCAAACCAGUGCCACUUUGACAUGGCGGUGUAUUUGGCCACGGGCAACAUCAGUGGAGGAGUGUGUGAUGAGUGUCAGCACAACACAAUGGGACGCAACUGUGAAAUGUGCAAACCUUUCUACUACAAAGACCCCAUCAAGGAUAUCAGGGACCCACGAGUCUGCAUAGCUUGUGACUGCGACCCAGAUGGUUCUCAGAAUGGAGGGAUGUGUGACAGUCACACUGACCCCUCCCUCAGCAUGGUGGGAGGUCAGUGUCGUUGCAAGGCCAAUGUCGAGGGGCCACGCUGUGACAAGUGUAAGACCGGCUUCUUCGGCCUGAGUGCUGACAACCCUCAGGGCUGCCAACCUUGCCGGUGUGACCAUCGGGGAACAGUGUCAGGUAGCUCCCAGUGUGACCCCGUCAGUGGAGACUGCUUCUGCAAGCGUCUUGUCACUGGACGCAGCUGUGACCAGUGUCUGACAGAACACUGGGCCCUGAGCCAUGACUUGAAUGGCUGCAGAGGCUGCGAGUGUGAUAUUGGAGGAGCCCUGGAUAACCACUGCUCCAUGGAGAGUGGUCAGUGUCGCUGCCGCAGUCACAUGACAGGACGCCAGUGUAUGCAGGUGGAGUCUGGAUAUUUCUUCAUGGCUAUGGAUCACUUCCUUUAUGAGGCUGAGUUUGCCAAAAUGGGACAGGGUUCUGUGUUGGAGACGAGGGAGCACCAGCCAGGUCGCCCUGCCACAUGGACCGACAUUGGGUUCGCCAGGGCACCUGAGGGUGGCACCCUAGAGUUCCUCAUCAGCAACAUUCCCUACUCCAUGGAAUAUGACCUGCUUAUCCGCUACGAGUCACAGAUGCCCCGGGACUGGGAGGAGGUGCGAAUAACAGUGAUUCGUCCUGGGCCGAUUCCUACCAGCAGCCCCUGUGGAAACACUAUCCCAGAUGAUGACAAACUCACUGUCUCCCUGCCGGCUGGAGCCAGGUUUGUGGUCCCUCCUCAGCCUGUGUGUCUGGAAAGAGGUGUGACUUACACCCUCCGCUUUGAGUUCAGACGCUAUCAGGAUGCCAACAGUAUCCUGAAUGGAGCAGCCAACGCUGUCCUUCUUGUGGACUCUAUCGCAUUGAUGCCACGCUACUCCUCUAUGGAGAUGUUUAACGCAGGGGAUCCAGCCUCCAACAACAGGAAGCAGACCUAUGAGCGGUAUCGCUGCCAUGAGGGGGCAAAGAGUGUGACCCGCCCACUGAUGAGUGACACCUGUGCUAAGCUAAUCACCAGCGUGUCGGCCAUCAUCAAUGACGGGGCCUUACUUUGUAAUUGCGACCCUCAGGGGUCCAUCAGCUCUAUGUGUGAUGUCCGCGGGGGCCAGUGUCGCUGCAGGCCCAAUGUGAUCGGUCGACGUUGUGACCAGUGUGCUCCAGGAACUUAUGGCUUUGGACCGUCAGGCUGCAUAGCCUGCGGUUGCAGCCUGGAAGGUUCUGUGACUCGGCUUUGUGAUAAGUUCACCGGUCAUUGUCAGUGCCGCCCAGGAGCAUUUGGUCAGCACUGUGACAGAUGCCAGGCAGGUCACUGGGGCUUCCCCAGCUGCCGACCCUGCCAGUGUAACGGACAUGCUGACGAGUGUGACCAGAGGACCGGAGCUUGCACCAACUGCAGGGACAACACUGGAGGAGACAAGUGUGACAGGUGUGCCAAUGGUUACUAUGGUAACCCAGUUUUGGGUACAGCGUCCGGUGGUCAGUGUCGUCCAUGCCCCUGUCCAGACGGGCCCAACAGUGGACGCCACUUUGCAGCGUCUUGUUACCAAGACAACCGUAACAGACAAAUUAUCUGCAACUGUAACCAGGGUUACACAGGUGCCCGAUGUGAGAAAUGUGCCCCGGGUUACUAUGGCAACCCCUCUCAGCCAGGAGGGCGCUGCCAGCCGUGCCAGUGCAACAACAACAUAGACAUGUCAGACAUGGAUGCUUGUGACAGACAGAACGGAGAGUGCAGGAAAUGCCUCUACAACACUGAAGGCCCCAACUGUGGCAUCUGCAAGAGUGGCUAUUUCGGGGAUGCAUCCCGACGCAACUGCAGGAAAUGUGUAUGUAACUUCCUGGGCACUGAACGCAGCCAGUGUAUGGACCGUGAGGAAUGUGUGUGCCAGCGUGCCACAGGCCAGUGCCAGUGUCUACCAAACGUCAUAGGUCUGACAUGUGACCAUUGCACUCCCAACCACUGGAACCUGGCCAGUGGGAAGGGUUGUGAACCCUGCGCCUGUGACCCCAACAACUCUGUCACCUCCUCAUGUAAUGAGUUUACAGGUCAGUGUCAGUGUCGCGACGGCUUCGGAGGGAAGACCUGCACAGACUGUCAGGAGAAUUACUGGGGAAACCCCAGGACACAGUGCAGAGCUUGUGACUGUGACUGGCGUGGCAUUGAGACCUCUCAGUGCAACUUGGUGACUGGCCACUGUGUUUGCCAGCAGGGGGUGUCAGGUGUCCGCUGUGACCAGUGUGCCAGAGGCUUCUCUGGCCAGUUCCCCAACUGCCAGCCCUGUCACCAGUGCUUUGGGGACUGGGAUCGCAUAGUGCAGGACCUUGCAGUGCGCACCAAGGCUCUGGCAGAGCGUGCCCAUGAGAUUCAGACCACUGGGCUUACUGGGGCCUAUGAGAAGGCCUUCAGGGACCUGGAGAAGAAACUGGCACAAGCUCAGGAUAUCGUCAAGGCACGCAAUGCCACUUCUGCAGCUGUCUCUACACUGAUGGAGCUUAUUGAAGAUCUUAGAGCGCAGAUCGGUGAGACCACUGACACCCUGAACCGCCUUGAAGGAGACCUAACCAUCGUCCAGGACAGCAACUCUGAGGCAAGCAAGGAGCUCAGUGCUCUGGAGAGAGAGGCUAAAGAACUGAACCUCACUUCAGAGCAGCUACAUCGGCAGCUGGAUAUCCUAAAAAACUCCAACUUCCUAGGUGCGUACGACAGCAUCUGUAGCUCCUACAAUAAGUCUUCCGAUGCGGAGCGGCGAGCCAACGAAUCAACAACCACCAGACCCAGCACAGUCAGCCAAUCUGCAGACACCCGCCGCCGUACCGAGCGCCUCAUCACUGCCAAGAAAGAUGACUUCAACCGAAAAAAUGCUGCUAACAAGCGUGCGUUGGGAGAUCUGAACACCAGAGCACAGGGCCUGGACAUGAAGAAGAUCAACGAGAAGAUUUGUGGCGCUCCAGGUGAUGCUCCAUGUGGGGAGAGUCCGUGUGGAGGUGCAGGUUGCCGUGAUGAUGAGGGGAACCAUCACUGUGGAGGCUUGAACUGUAACGGUGCUGUGGCAGUUGCUGACAAUGCCCUGGAGAGAGCCAAACACGCAGAGAAGGAGCUGAGCAAAGCUAUGGGAGAGGUGGAGGGACUCUUUACUAAGGUGGCAGAGGCUAAGACCAAGGCAGAGGAGGCCAAGGAUAAAGCCCAAGCAGCUCUGGACAAAGCCACAGCCACCAAGAACCAAGUGGAGCGCUCAAACAAUGACCUGAGAGACCUCAUCAAACAGAUCAGAGACUUCCUCACUCAGGAGGGUGCAGACCCCGACAGUAUUGAGGCAGUGGCGAACCGUGUGUUGGAGCUCUCCAUCCCUGCUUCACCCCUCCAGAUCAGACAUCUUGCUGACGAAAUCAAGGAACGGGUUCGCAGCCUUUCAAAUGUGGAUGCCAUUCUGGCAAAGACACAGGAUGAUGUCCGCAAGGCAGAACAGCUGCUGCUGGAUGCCAAGAGGGCAAGGCAUCGUGCUGAGGGGGUGAAGACCACAGCAGAGACAGUGAAACAGGCCUUGGUUGAUGCUAAGACAGCUCAGACAUCAGCAGAGAAGGCCAUAGCAAAGGCCAGAGCUGACAUAAGGGAGACUGAGGACCGACUGGCACAGAUUGAGUCAGAGACAUCAAACAGUGAGAAGGACCUGAAUGAUGCCAUGGACCGUCUGGGCACACUGGGAAGAGAGAUCAGUGCCCUGAAGACCAAGCGUGCCAACAACAGCAUGGCAGCAGCCCGAGCCGAAGAGACAGCCACCAUGGCACGAGACAAGGCAAACGAGGCCAAGCAGAUUCUAGACGGCCAACUGACUGAUAAAUACCAUGAGGUGCAACAGCGGGUUGACACCAAGGCCAAGGCUGUACAGGACGCCAAGAAGAGGGCUGAGAGCCUCAGAGAUGAAGCAAAGGAACUGCUAAGAGAUGCCCAGAACAAGCUGCAGAAACUAGCAGAGCUGGAGAAAAACUAUGAGGAGAACCAGAAGAGGUUGGAGGGGAAAGCUCGUCAGCUGGACGGCUUGGAGGACAAGAUGAAAGCCAUUCUCAAUGACAUCAACAAACAAAUCCAGAUCUACAACACAUGUCAGUAACUCACUACACCAUGUCAUAUUGAAACAGGUCCAUCAUUGUUGUUCUGCUGUUUCUUCCACAUACAGUAACCUGACAAUAGACUAAUUAAAGAAGAGGAUUGGAGUGGUUAUUUCAAAUUAUUUUGCAUAUUUUGUAGGAUGUGCACACCUUCUUUCAUGUAUGUAUUUAAGAUGGUUGAGAUAUAAAAACAUAAUCCAGGACUGAACAUGUAAAGGUUGUCUGAUAUCACAUAUUUUAUGUUAAAUUGUGCACAUUGUAUUUGUUUUAAAAUUUAUAAACGAAUCUGGAAAUAUAUCUUUCUAAAUUUGUGUCUUGAAUAUAAAGAAAUUAAUGAAAAUUAUAUUUUAGAACAGACAAUAAUACACAGAUGUGGGUGGAAAUAAUGCGGUGCCAACUAUUGAUAGUUUAACAAUUUAUUGUUUACUUUAUAUAGAGGGACUCUGUUGCAUAAUCAGCAGGUCAAUACUAUUUUCCUUGCAUUUUUCUAUUAACUUUCUGUUACUACUGGAAGCAUAUGCUGAGCUGUGCUCAUCACAAGGACCCCAUUUAAACUGCAGUGGACAGUGUCUUCUUGCAUCAGGAAACAAGGCAACAUUUGAAUGCAUGAGGACGUGAAAAGUUAAAAUGAUCAGGUCUAGUCUCUGUAUUGUUUCAAGGCUUUUCAGUAAGAGUGAAGAGAUGAACAGGGUUAAGGUAUUCAUAUGGAUUUUAAAUUUAGGAUUUUCAGAAAACAAAUCCUACACAUUGUGGUGCUAGGAAUAAGAGGAUUUCUCUUCUCAGUUUUUAAUUUUUUUUUUUAUUAUGUCUGCCUUUACAUUAUAACAGAGAAAUAAAUUAUAUUUUCAUGUGAAAAUAAAAUGAGUUAUUUGUCUCUGCGAAGCCAGUAAAUACAAACCUGCCUACAAAGCACCUCUGCCUGGAUUAGGAGGGUGGCUAUACAUCAUUAAUACACAGGAAUAAUGUAUAGAGCGGUGUAAGCUAGCAGUAUAUGCUAUGCUAUGCUGUCAGAUGGAUUGGUAUGGAACUGAUGAAAACAAAGACCAUGGUCUAACAUGUUCUAAAGUGGUCUGUAAAGGGGAUAAACCUGUUUGAUUUAAAAAAUAGGCUUAUUCGCUUAUCUCGCUAAGAUUUAGAUGAGAAGAUUGAUAUCACUAUCCAAUUUGUCCAUUCAAUAUGAAGCUGGAGCUAGGAGAAAGUUAGCUUA